UUUAUGCGUUAAUAUCUACGUAAAAAAAUCACUUAAGAAUUAUAAGAAUUGGAAUAAGGAAACAAGAAAGUAUAUUAAUUCUAAUAUUAUGAGAAUGAAGCCGAUGGGUUUUAUGUCUUUGCUUUUGACAAUGAUAUCUAACAUUUGAAGGGAUUUAUUAAUGGAUCACCAGAUACUCCCUAUGAAGGUGGCUAUUUCUAAAUUGACAUCGUAAUCCCAAAUGAAUACCCUCACAAACCACCCAAAAUGAAAUUCGAUACACCCAUCUGGCAUCCCAAUAUUUCAUCGUAUUUAAAGUUAUAAUAAGAUAAACUGGUGCCAUCGGCCUUGAUAUUUUGUAAGAAUAAUGGUCACCUAUCUUAUCAAUUCGUACUCUCUUACUGUCACUAUAGGUCUUAUUUUGUGAUCCAUAGCCAGGUUAUAUACAAAAUCAUUUUAUAUAGAUUCUCCAUAAAAUGCUGUAGUAGCCGAUCAAUUUAAAACAAAUAAAGUAUUAUUUAUUAAAACAGCAAAGUAUUUAUUAAAUGCAUUAUGCUAGAGAAUGGACACAAAAUUAUGCAUAAAAAAAUGAACAAAAGGAAAAAGUUUCCAAUCUUGUUUAAUUAGGUUUUGAUGAAGAAGAAGUUAAAGUAAUUGGCUAUUUAUAAAUUAUAGGAAGCAUUAAUCAAAAAAAUUUGUAAAUGAUGAAGAAUAAACUGCCAAUUUCUUAUUGAGUGGAU